GGUUAUCAUACGUCCCAUAUUGAAGACUUCUAAACACGACAAUACCAUGUUUGUGACGACCUGACACGGGCUUCACCUCGUUAUCAUGAACAUUUACCGAAGCGGUGAAGCGGUGGACCUAGCUGCUGAAUCCUGGAUACUUCACUAAGUAAUUCAUAACGCACUGCAUCUAAAGCCCGUCGAAAGGAAGAAACCCGGUCGAAAUGGUGGCCGCGAAUGGUGAGUCGGUGACCUUAUACACCAUGUCACCGUCAACAAUGGAGAAAGCUCGGGCGCUUUCCCGUCUUCGGGUUCCGGUCGGCUUUCCCGAGUUGGGACAACCGCGGACCCCAGGGACCCCUUUGGCGUCGCCAUUACAUGGAAACCGGGCCAUUGCCAUUGCCAACCACCCAGACGUCCAUGCCGCCAGCGCAACGCCUGCAAACCCAGCCGGAACCAACCCAGCCGCUGGAGCCCUGCCUGCCGCCCCCACCUCCGGCAGCCCCGCCGGCGGGGAAGCUGCAGGCGGCGGCAACAACUCCCCUCUCCGCGCUCCGAAGCCCUUCCCAGGCGCCCUUCCCGGUCACUCCCAACCCGUCUGGAAACGCCCCAGUCUCAACCACCACGGCGGCCUCAACGGUGAUCCCCACCACCAACCGCACGCAUCCAACAACGCUGGAGGCAGCGGUGCUGGCGCCGCGGCCGCCGGCAUCCCCGGACCCGUCGCCAUCGUCGUCGUCGACGGCAUCGUGACGUCAUCCUCGUACGGCGGCGUGGUGCGGUCCACCUCCGCUGGCGGCGGCGGUUCCGGGCACCUGCCGGCUGCCGCAAGCCCCCUGGGAGUUGGCUUGGAGCCGCAGCCCACUUGGAGUCAGGCGGCCCGGGCUCAGAGCGCACGGUCUGCUCCCUCUGCAUCCGCCUCCUCCAGACACCCCGCACACAGCGCUCGAGUGGGUUUCCGAAACAGCAAGCCCCCCUCGCCGCCGCCGCCUCACAGCCCACCAUCCGGCCCUCCUCGUACGGCAUCACCUGCCGUACUGCAGUACAUCAACGCAGCGUCAACACCCGUACAGCCCCCUCCGCCGCCGCCCCACUCGCCUCCUUACCAUCCGCACCCUGCAUCCAACCAGCAUGGACCCCAUCCCCACCCUCCGCGCCAUUCUCAAACCGGGCAUUCCGGUCCGCUACAACCCUCAGCCAUGCCUGCCACGCCGCCGCUCCUAUACUCGCCGCUAACGGUUACCGGUAUUGGUCCAAGGCGUUCGGUAACCGUUCCGCAGCAAUCCCCCCUCUACCAGCUUCAACUGGACUCCCAGUCUGACUCGCAGUCCGAACCGCCUUCGCCCCCGCUACAAGCUCGAGCCCAGCAGACUCGGUCGCCCUCCCCAACAGCGCCCUCGCCGCCCUCCGACCCUCAGCCACAACCCCAAGCCGCAAACUCGGCGCAAGGAGGGCAGGCCGAACCUCCUUACGCCAUGCAACCUCAGAAGGGAGAAGCGCUGGGAUCGGCAAAAAUCGUAGCUGGGGCUUCCGCAGUGGUGGCGGCUGGGGAGGCUGAGGAACGGGCACGCGAGCAGACCGCGACAGACAACCCGCCCCAAGUGGCUCCGCAGACCUCAACAACAGCAUCGCCUGAGCAGCCCCAGCCAGAAGCCCGCCUGCCCUCAACAACCGGGUCGCACCAGGACCAACCACCGCAACCGCCCUCUUCACCCACCGCAUCCCCCCAACCGACAACCACCAACGAAGCCAAGCCAGCUGCAGCCCCACCCACGCUGCUACCUCUGGUGGGGCGACAAGCGGUUACCGGCGAAGCUGAAGCACAGCAACCGCAGCAGACCAACCAGCCUUCAUCGCCCUCCCUGCCGCCCCUCCCCGCCUCAAAAACCAACGCUGCAAACAGCGCCGGCAACAACCCUGGUCCCCUCACGAGUGACCCCUCCACGGAAUCCACCGUGGCCCAGCCCUCCGUCGGCAGCAACAUCGGCAUCAGCACCCAUAGCACAACCACAACCACAACCACCAGCAAUAAUGCAACCCCGCCUGUACCCGUCGGCAUGGCGCUACCCGUGCUCAACGUCGCUCAUCUGCAGUACGGCAGUUGGGCGGCGGAGGCGCUAGCCGCCGUCGCAGCCAACGUCAGCGGCGGAGGCGCCUCCGUCAGUGCGACGGCAGCCAGCUCCAAUCUCGGCAUCAGUACGGCCACCGCCGCCGUUGCCGCCGCCGCCGCCGGCGCGGGCGCAUCAGGCGCGGGUCCAUCAGUCGCGGGUGCCAACGGCAACAACCCCUACAUCUUCCGCCGUACAGGCCGUAGUGCACUCAUAGCCGCGGCGGAGGUGGGCCUUAUCAGUCGGAGCUCUCUGCCCCUUCCACUCGGGGCGCCUUGCUUGCGCUCCUGCUCGCCGCCGGCUGGCGGGGCACGCGGCCGGGAAGGCUCGAACCCGGGAUGUGAGAGCCCUGAUGGCACCUCUCAGCAGCAGCAGCAGCCGGCCCUGCCGCUGCCGCUGCCUCUAUCGCUCUCGCUGCCGCUGCCUAGGGUGGCCGGCAGGUUUGGGGAGGAGGUUGAGCCGGACAGCCUGGCCUGGCGGGUGGUGGUGAGGUACAAUCGGCGGCACUUGCUGGGCGGCGCGUUUCAGCACUGGCAGGCCAUCCUGCAAGACAUGCGAGCUCGUCGUCUGCAAGCCCACGAGCUAGGCCGCAGCCGAAACCUCCGGCUGCUGUCGCUUGCCCUCAACGCCUGGCUCGCGAAGCUGCAUCACAGCCGCCGCCGAGCCGUUGUCGUAC